CACAGGCUGCAUGGCAACAUGUUGUCGCGCGCGUCACCAGAAGUGUAGCAAGAGGCUGUUGAGUGAACUCGGCGUCUCCACGCCGUCACCGAAUGGCAGCGCCGGCCCUUUUUCUUCCCUCUGACACUCGGUUUGUUUCCUGUACAGGUUUCAGUCGCUCUCCACCAUCGACAACAUGGCUAUACGCAGAAAAGACAGCUUCCUCUGGGGGAAAGCUCCACCGAAACUCCCCCCAGGAGAGAAGAGACAGGAUGACACCAUCAAGAUCCACAAGUUUGAGCUGCUGGAUCACAUUCAGUAAAAAUGUUGUGAUGAACAAGAGAUUCUUACGUGGAAAAAAGAAAUUCAACAUGGACCCCAAAAAGGGCGUCCGUUACCUGGUGGAAAACGAGCUGCUGGAAUGGCGAGCGGAGUCGGUGGCCGAGUUUCUUUACAAAGAGGACGGACUGAACAAGACCGCCAUCGGAAACUUCUUGGGAGAAAGAGAGGAAAUGCAUCUGCAGACCCUGAAGGCGUUUGUGGGCCUGCAUGAAUUCUCAGACCUGAAUCUGGUGCAAGCGCUGAGGCAGUUUCUGUGGAGCUUUCGUCUCCCGGGAGAAUCGCAGAAGAUUGACAGGAUGAUGGAGGCGUUUGCGACUCGCUACUGCGACUGUAACCCAGGGGUCUUCCAAUCCACAGACACGUGCUACAUCCUGUCUUUUUCCAUCAUCAUGCUCAACACGAGUCUCCACAACCCCAACGUGAAGGACAAGCCCAGUCUGCAGCGAUUCGUCUACAUGAACAGAGGAAUCAACCACGGGAAGGACCUGCCCACCGAGCUGCUCACGAAACUGUACGCGAGCAUCCGCAGCGAGCCGUUCAAAAUCCCCGUGGACGACGGGAACGACCUCACGCUGACCUUCUUCAACCCGGACCGAGAAGGCUGGCUCCUCAAGAUGGGUGGUCGAGUUAAAACCUGGAAGAGGAGGUGGUUCAUUUUGACAGACAGCUGCUUGUACUACUUUGAAUACACCACAGAUAAAGACCCCAUCGGGAUUAUUCCUCUGGAGAACCUGUGUGUCGGGAAGCUGCAAGACGCCAGCAAACCGUAUUGUCUGGAGUUGUAUAACCCCAAAGGACAAAAGAUCAAGGCGUGCAAGACGGAGAACAAAGGCCGAGUGGUGCAGGGCAAACACCAGUCCUACAAGCUCAGUGCAGCCGGCAGCGAGGAGCGCGACGCCUGGAUCGAUGCGGUCAGGGCGAGUAUCACCAAAGACCCGUUUUAUGACCUGGUGUCUCUACGAAAGAGGAAAGUCAUCAGCAACACCUCCUCAUAGUGUUUGGAUCUUGGACCACAACGUUGUUAUGGAUCAAUCAUCCGGGGAUUUUAUGCCAAGAGACCGUUCAGGAAAAAUAAAACGGAAUCGCUGUGUAAAGUGUAAAAAGAAAAGAAAAGAAAAGAGAACUUUAAUGUAAAGUCUUCAUAUCACUGCACCGACUUCAGGGACUCACAAUCCUACUGACUAACAUCUGCAACAUGCCAUCCCUGGAAUCUGAUUGGCUGCUCCUGAUGCCCCCCCCACCAGAGCCAGGUGGCUGGUGAGCGUCAUGCACGGAUUACUGAGCAGGCCAACUGGGUGCAGGUCCAGGGGCCUUAACCUCUGCCUCAAGUGGCUGUUAAAAUUUGCGUUAGGAAAGAAGUGCAAAACCACCCCAAAAUGACUAGAAAGAGACGUAAAACACCGACAAAGAUGCACAGAAGGACUAAAACAAGAUUUAAAAUGACCACAGAGACAGAAAACUUCCACAAAGACAAGACAAAUGACCAAAACAAGACUCAGAAUGACCAUAAAGAGGCUAAAAAUGACUAAAACAAGAUUUAAAAUGACCACAAAGAGGCUCAAAAUGACUUAAAGACACACAACUACUACGAAGGAGGAGCAGCCCGUCAUUCAUUCAGUCUGGGGGUCCAAUGUCUCAUCAUCUGUCCGUGACUAUUUAUUGAUAUUAUCUCAUAUUAGAAUAUGUCUGCAUUCAUUCAUAACCGGGGCUUUAAAUUUAAGCCUCAAAACAUGUUUUAUUAUACAUUUUUCUCUCUUGGUUUGUGAUUUUUUUCCCUUUCCUGUAAACGUGUGGCUUUCCUCCUUCAUGGAUAUCAGAUUUGUACCUUUUAAUGCUCAAAUUGUUGUACAUAAAGAGAAAAAAAGUCUUUCAAUUAACUUAUGAAUACAAAAUACUUUGGAGUUGUACAGUAUAUUUCUUUCUAGCUUGAACAUAUUUUUAAUGACUGCAUUUAUAAUAUAAUGACUGUAAACGGAUGGAAGACUCAAACUACGUGUACAUUAAACUGGUUUAUUGUC